AUGUCGGGUGGCCGUGAUGUCUGGGAGUCUUCAGGCUGUAUGGCAGAGGAUGUGCUUGAGGACAAUAAAGACACAAAUGGAUUCUCUGAGCAUGAACUCCUUGACAUCAUGUAUGACACCUGUAAAACCAACAACUCAGAAGUGUUGGCCUCUGCCAUCAUACAACACCUGCAGAGCCUGAUAGCAGAGAGUGCAGAGCAGGAAAAACUUUCUGCCCUCCGAGUCCUGCUUGACCCGGACCACCAGGACCCAAAGGUGAGCAGAGAGACGUUUCACUCCACCAUGACGGAAUGGAUUGCACAGUGCAGUCACAACAGCUUCGAUAUAGGAGCCAGUAGUCGGUCUUGGCCUGACUCAUCUAAAAUGCCUGUGAUUAGGCUGGAUUCAUCAUUAACUAAAAGCAAAGCACAUUCAGUGGAGUGUUUCCGUGAUGAACAGGACCUGUGCAGCGCUGUGGCUGAACUGAAGCAAGCUCACCAGCAGAUGAACAAGCAGAAGAGCAGCCUGUUGAUGAUGGUGACUCAGUGCGAAGACGAGAACCUGCAGCUCAGUGAGGAAGUCACUGAGCUGCAGGCACAAUUGGACAGGUGAAAGACUAUUCACCAGAUUUCUAAUGUUAAACUUUCCCUUUAAAACUUCAAAGUAAUAGGAUCCAGUUUUAGAGAAACAAAUACAUUUAAAGGACCUGUCAAGAAGUUAUAUCUGAGAUGCCACAAGGAGCACUUUGUGAAAUUGCGGGCUGCCGUGGUGCAGCGGUAGGGCGGUAAGAUGAUCGUAAGAUUGCAGGU